AGCUCUCUCUGCUUCUCUCUGCUUACGGAUUCGAUCCGUAGGCAAUCGUACGCUCGUGUGUGGUCGUUUUAUUUUGUUGAAAUAACAAUUUUUAAAAUAUGGCGAAUUUUACCGAAGACUUGUUUGACGUUUUUGAUGAGCACGAUACAGAGGGUGAUGAUACGGAGAUCCCGCAUAUUGUAAAGAAAAUCGAGCCAGAGACAGGAGUAAAGCGACAACUUGAUAUAGACGACGAUAAGUCAGCUGUCAAAAAAUUGCGACACGAAUCCGUCUUGGAUGACAUCAACCUAGAGGAGGUGGCAUGUCGUAUAAAAGUGCAUACUGUAGAAACUGUAGAAUCUUGUAUGCACGAGAUUGCUAUCCCUCCUAAUCAGGAGUAUGUACCUUUGGAGCAUCAGCAAGACAAGCCAGCCAAAGAAUAUAAAUUUAUACUUGAUCCAUUUCAAAAGGAGGCAAUUUUAUGCAUUGAUAACAAUCAGUCGGUUCUUGUCUCCGCACAUACGUCAGCUGGUAAAACUGUCGUGGCUGAAUAUGCGAUAGCGUGUUCUCUCAGGGAUAAGCAGAGAGUAAUAUACACUACUCCGAUCAAAGCGUUGAGCAAUCAGAAAUAUAGAGAAUUUCACGAGGAAUUUAAGGAUGUUGGUUUGGUAACGGGCGAUGUUACUAUAAAUCCGACAGCGAGUAUACUAAUCAUGACUACUGAAAUUUUACGAAAUAUGCUCUACAGAGGUUCAGAGGUAAUGCGUGAAGUUGGUUGGGUAAUUUUCGAUGAGAUUCAUUACAUGCGCGAUAAAGAGAGAGGCGUGGUGUGGGAGGAAACGCUUAUCCUAUUGCCGGACAAUGUACACUAUGUAUUUUUAUCCGCUACUAUACCAAACGCACGACAAUUCGCGGAGUGGGUGACGCAUUUGCACAAUCAACCCUGCCAUGUAGUGUCUACGGACUACAGACCUACUCCGUUGCAACAUUAUAUCUUUCCAGUUGGCGGUGAUGGUAUACAUCUGGUUGUAGACGAGACCGGCCAAUUCAAGGAGGAAAAUUUCAAUAGAGCCAUGGCGUGCCUACAAAAUAUGGGUGACGCGGCUAAAGGUGACAUGAAAGGACGCAAAGGUGGUCUACGUGCCACGAACAGCGGGCAAACGAAUAUCUUCAAGAUGGUAAAAAUGAUCAUGGAGAGAAACUUCGCGCCCGUAAUAAUCUUCAGUUUUUCGAAGAAGGAUUGCGAGGUUUACGCGAUGCAAAUGGCCAAACUGGAUUUGAACACGUUAGAGGAGAAAAAACUGGUAGAUGAGGUUUUCAACAAUGCGGUAGACGUUCUCAAUGACGACGACAAAAAGUUACCGCAAGUUACGAACUUGCUGCCGCUUUUGCGGCGCGGAAUAGGAAUCCAUCACGGUGGACUCUUGCCGAUCUUGAAGGAGACGGUCGAGAUAUUAUUCGGCGAGGGUCUGAUCAAAACGCUUUUCGCCACUGAAACGUUCGCGAUGGGUCUGAACAUGCCAGCACGGACAGUCCUGUUUACGGCACCCCGUAAAUUCGAUGGCAAGGACUUUCGUUGGAUCACGUCGGGUGAAUACAUCCAGAUGUCCGGUCGCGCCGGCAGAAGAGGUCUCGACGACAAAGGAAUUGUCAUAUUGAUGAUAGACGAGCAAGUUAGUCCCGUCGUUGGUAAAGCUAUCGUUCAAGGAAAACCAGAUCCAAUCAACUCCGCGUUUCACUUGACCUAUAAUAUGGUUCUUAAUCUUCUCCGAGUGGAAGAGAUUAAUCCAGAAUACAUGUUGGAAAGAAGCUUCUUUCAGUUUCAAAAUCAAGCUGGUAUUCCAGCUUUGUAUAACAAGGUAAAAGAAUUAUCUACCGCUUACAAUACCGUAAAUGUGGACAGAUAUGACGAGAUUGCUUCUUAUCACGAUGUACGCCAACAACUCAAUCGGCUCAGCAAAGAGUUUCAAUCAUUUCUAACACGACCGGAGUACUUGGUUCCGUUUUUAAUGUCUGGAAGAUUAGUAAAAGUACGUAUUUUUAACAUAAAUUUAAUAUAA